AAAAUGGAGGAAGAUGCUGACGCCAUUACUUCAGGCUCUCCUUCAAAAAGACGUGAGGUUUAUGAAGACUCUCACUCCUUCCUUUGUAACCCAAUGGUACCUGUCAGCCCACCUAAAGUAAGUACUGAAAAAACUGGAUGAGUCAUUGUAUGGAUAGGAAUUAAUAAUUGAAUUUGCAUGUAAGUUUAGUUUCCAAUACUGCCACUUAAUGGCACAAAAUACAUAAUCACACAUUCUGUGCAAAUGAUGUCAUCAGUUUCCAAUCUUGAUUUCAUCCCAGUUACAUAUCGUAGUCUAUAAUAAAAUUUCAAUGUUUCCAUUUAUUUUAAUCACAGGUUAAUACUAUGCACCGUAUGUUCCUCAUAGAGUCGUGUUUCUCAUUAUCAUCAAAGGGAAUUAUUCAAAAAUAGUUUAUAGCACCUACACCUAUCGUAUCACACCACAUAAUCAGUGGUGGUACCACCGCGCUAUAGAUCUUCUGCAUGAGUGGUGCCAUCAUAAAUUAGUGGUGCCACUACCAUAAUGUAUAUAUAUAUAUACACUGAGAUAUAGAAGUCAAGCUGUGCCAACAGAUAGCGACCAUGUCAGGAUUAUCAAGAUUUGAAUCAUUCAUAAAGGCAUCUUUGGCAAGAGAUGAUCACAAAGAGCUGAGGCUACUAGUCACAGGGAAGACAGGAGAAGGGAAGUCCACACUAGUCAAUGGAAUCUUGGGGGAAGAGGUUGCUGUAGAGGGAGCUGGUACUGAGAGAUGCACAACACAAGUUGCAGAGUACAAAGCAGUACUCCAUGGUGUACCAGUCACUGUGUUUGAUUCACCUGGCCUACAAGACUCUACAGAAAAUGAAGAUAAGUACAUAGCAGAUAUGAAGAAGAAAUGUCAAAACCUCAGUUUAGUUCUUUAUUGUACUAAAAUGACCAACAACCGUUUAAAAGAAGAAGACAGAUGUGCCAUUCUAAAGCUAACAGCUGCAUUUGGACAGAGGUUCUGGGAGUAUGCUGUUCUUGUUCUUACAUUUGCUAACACUGAAAAUGUUGGAAGGCGCGAUGAAAGAGAUGAGGAUAAAGGGCCCGAGCCUGAUUUCAAUGAUACAGAGAGCUGGAACGUUCUUAAAAAGAAAAGAUUUGAAGGUCGUGUAAAGAUAUGGAAAGACAACCUUCACAAGUUUUUCAUAAAUAAGGUCGGAGUAACGAGAGAUAUAGUGGAAAGGAUCCUCGUGGUGCCAGUUGGAGAUAGCAAACCGUCAUUUGAUAACCGAGAGCCUUAUCGUUUACCUGAUCGUGACGAUUGGUUUAGUGAAUUCUGGAAGGCUUGCCAUUUACGAGUUAGCAGGCCCGUAGCCAGGGGGGUGCAGUAUUGUUGUGAAAUUGGGAAUAGAGAUGAGCCUUUGUCUGGCUGUAAUAUUUCCCAGAAGAGUUUUAGAGCCUAUCCUCAUUUAGCAGAUCUUGAGUUGGCUGAUUCAACAGUGGAUGGAGAAACUAAUUUGAAUGUUUUCGAUAUUAUUGAUAUUUUAAUGAGAUUCAGACUAAGCAAAUAUUCCUUCACUGCUGAUAUUGAAAAAGCACUCUUAAAGCAUGUCCAUAGUCCAUUGUCCAUAGUCCAUGGUGUAGAGUCUGUAGUCUGUAGUGAUAGUCCAUUGACCAUAGUCCAUAAUAAUUCUGUGUUUGUUGGUGAUGUUGUUCGUUGUAUGAGUGAUCACUGUGAAGCUAUGAAGAGUAAGUUCGAUGAAUUUGUGACUCCUAAGCCUUUUGGUCAAAUGAGUUCCAAAUACUGUCAGUUCAGGCCUCUUCCAUGUCAGGUGACCAAGAAUCCUGAUCAGUUGAGUUGA